UGCUUGUGUCAGCUGAUAUAACAUUUCUCCUAUGCUUACAUCAAGAAUCCAAAAUUGAAGGUGUUCGUACGUUUUCCAUUAUUAUCACAUCCACAGGAAUAACCGUAUUCAUUACUUUCCAUACAGUAGAACGGGACAUGGUCAGCUGAUUUCUGACAGUAGAAUCAGUUCAGUCCUAAAUAAGUGUGUGUCUGUUAUCUCUAGUUGCCAACUGAAAACUUACAUAAAGAAUAAACCGAUGAUAGAAAUUUCAGUAUUUAUAUAGCUAUACGAUAGCUAUACGUAUUUGCUUAAAACCUAGAAAACUAAUGGAACAAAGUGUGAACAGUGCAAACCAAUAUAUAAAAAAUUAAACGGAAACGUGUUACUGUAUCCAAAAAGCAUUUAUGUCAUAGCGAAGACAAUAGAUAAUAUCAAUAUUGAGGUUAUGUCGCCAGAGCAAACCAGUGAUAAGGAUUUAAAGUACAAGGAAACAGCAAAAAGUGGCAAAGAUAUAAACGCAGGAAUGGAAAUACCACAUAACCAUAACAUUAUAAACAAUGAAUUAAAUGGCAUGCUUUUAGAAAGAAAUCCAUUAAUAAAGGAUGAUAAAAGUCAUGUAAAAUCAGAAGACGCAAAAGAUACAGAUGAUAAGGAAGAUACUGAAGCUAGUUUAGAUUACGAGUUAAAAAGAUUAAAUAGAAAGAUUGAUAGAAAAAAACUCAGGUUGUCUGAACUGAUUUCAUUGAGGAAACAUAAGGAGGAGUUAAAGUAUCAAUUGCAAAUCAAAAAUAGAAAAAUUUUGAUGCGAGAGACUCCUGAGCAUCCAAUAAUAACAGAGAAACAAGAAUCUACUUCCAUAAAGGGACCAAUUGGAAACAUUAUGGACAUAUCAAUGAUUGAAAUGUUUGCAAUAGAACCACCUACCAUUAAUUUAUUAAACAGGUCAUCGGAGUGGUCAACAUUGAAUGUAAUAGAAUAA